AUGAGUACCACCUCUUACUUGGCACAAUCCGACGAGACCUUGAUACUGAACAUUGCGAACAAUGAACACCAGAAGCAUCAGCAGAAGCCUGACAUAUUAGAUGCAGGGCACCCUGAAGAGAAACCUAGCAAGGGGACAAAGAAGAGAUCAAGGGCCACUGGAGGAGAGAAGAAAGCCAAGAAGAAUGUGAGGUCAAAGAAAGUGGGGAAGAAGCAGAAUUCUUCAGCUGGUGCCAAGAUGGAGGAAGAGAGCAAUAAUGUGAAGAGUGCUGCAGCUACAACGACGAGCAAUUCGGCAGCGGAUGAGAAGAUUGAUGAAGGAGGAGAAGCUGUGCCAACAACAUCUGCUAGUACUGGUUCCAUUACUGUGAGCUUGAAUGGCAAGACAAGAGCCAGCAGGGGUGCAGCCACUGAUCCACAGAGCCUCUAUGCCAGGAAACGUCGAGAAAGAAUCAACGAGAGGCUGAAGGUUCUGCAGACCCUUGUCCCCAAUGGUACAAAAGUGGAUAUCAGCACCAUGCUUGAAGAAGCUGUCCAGUAUGUCAAGUUCUUGCAGCUCCAAAUCAAGUUGUUGAGCUCUGAUGAUCACUGGAUGUAUUCACCGAUUGCUUACAAUGGGAUGGACAUUGGAGUAUCAAGAUGUUCGUAG